CAGUAUGCAUGGCGGGAAAGUAUAUUAUUCGUUCGAAAGUUUGUUGCCUUUUCGUUGAAAGACAUUCAUAACGAUGUGUGUCAUUCUGCAUUUACACGCCGAUCCGUAAGGCCCGCAUCAGUAGGGAACACCCAACACCCCAACAUAACCCCAUACACUGAAUGUCCCCAGGUUUUACUACGUCACGCGCAGCUGACUUGGCUUCUGCACUGCAGCCGGUUUAGUUUACAAGUGAACUUGUGAGACUUGGUGGAGAUAUUUAGGGCUCGGGGGUGGGGGAGGGGAUGCUGACGUUCCAUGCGAAAUUUAGUAGGUAGGUGGUGCUGCAGUGCGAGGCUGACUGGGCUGCUUACCGAAUCAAACUUCGGAUUGAGGGAAAAAACCGACAUCUCACAUGACAUAUUACAAACCAGGAAAGUGGCCCUAAAAUGGCAUGUCCACAGUAUAGCGCUCCCCCGGAUCAGAGAUUUCUGUGGGACAUAUUUCGGAGAGUGGAUAAAGACCAGAGCGGCUCCAUUUCGGAGACGGAACUCCAGCAGGCUCUGUCAAACGGUACAUGGACACCGUUCAAUCCUGUGACUGUACAUUCAAUUAUAUCCAUGUUUGACAGGGACAACAAAGGCGGGGUGAACUUUAACGAGUUUGCCGGUGUUUGGAAGUACAUUAACGACUGGCAGAACAUAUUCCGCACCUAUGAUAGAGACAACUCAGGCUUCAUCGACAAGGAGGAGCUGAAGCAGGCCCUCACUGGCUUUGGGUACCGGCUCUCAGAUCAGUUCUACGGGGUCUCUGUGUUUCUCUCUAUGAAGGGUACCGGCUCUCAGAUCAGUUCUACGGGGCGCUCAUCGACAAGUUUGACAGGCAGAGGAGCGGCCAGGUGGCCUUCGAUGAUUUCAUCCAGUGCUGUAUAGUGCUGCAGAGGCUGACAGAUGUUUUCCGGAGGUACGACACCGAUCAAGAUGGCUGGAUUCUCAUUUCGUAUGAGCAGUAUUUGUCCAUGAUCUUCAGCAUUGCAUAGUGAAUCAGGACACCGGGCUGCUCUGGGAACCAAAACCUUCCCAACUGUCUUCUCACUCAGGAGUGUGAACAGACUGUCUGUAAUUCUGCGGCGGAAAACCAGGAAUACCAGUAACACGCAUGUUCACUGCGUACGAAUUUACAACAUUUUAAGGACAGAUUUCAUGUGCGUUUGAUAAAGACAUAAAUCUUAUAAUUAUAGUAAUUACAGAUCCUGGUUUUAUUCUAAGUAGAAAGGUUUGUGCUUUUACAAGCAGACAUUUAGACACAAACACUUUUUGUUCCUUUUUGCAGAAUAUUUAUACUAACAUAUUUUUUUCCCCCGGAAACAGGAAUGUAUCACAUUUUGUAUCUUCUCAAAAGAUGCAUGUUUUGUUGUAUAGCAGCUACCUGUGCAAAGUUCCUGAGAACUUCAAAAACUUGCUUAGCAUCAGUCCUUGGUUGUUUUUAAGGCUGCUUUUCAUUGCCCAUUAAAUGGCUUUAAGCAGUGUUAGUAUUAAGCACAAGUAGGAAAUUAACUGGAGUGUGCAGCUACAAGCUCACAUGCACGUUAACAGGUCUGCAGUUGUAGGUGCACCUGAAUUAAAAUGCAUUAUCAAUGGUGGUUUGCAGUGUAGUUUGUCACUUGUACAAAUACUGCAUUUUUCAGCUUCAUACUGCAAAGGCUUGUUUGAAUGAAAAUCCUUGCAGAGCACAUUUGUAAUUCAACCUUGCAGCAUGGUAUUGUGUCCCUGUUUACAAUAAUUGUGCCACAUGGAUUACUGAAUUUGCACGUUAAAGGUGCAAUGCGUCUUAUUUUACAGUAGAGGGCAGCAAAUUGCUUUAUUUUUGUGACGACAAAUCAUGUUACCUUUAAAUGUACUGGAAACAAAAUAACGAACCUUUAAUUUAUAGUCAAUAGAUUAUCCCUUCUUUGUGUAUAUGGUGGUUUAUUUGUAUGAGUAAUACUUAACUGUGCAUUAACUCUCUUAAUAUGUGUGCAGUUUAUACACAUAGUUCAGAUCAAUAAAGCCAUUUUUAUAGUAAAGUGUUUUUUAAAUUAUGGCUAAAAGUACAUUAAUACUUAAGGAUAUUUUUUACAAACGACCUUAUAACACUCAGGUAUAUUGUGGUACUAUUUGUAAUAUUAGUUUUAUGUGUGUGAUUUGGUCUCAGAGCAGUGUUACUAUCUUCAGCACUGCUUAGUUUACACUGUCGUGCUGUGUAAUGCAUGGAUGUGGCUGAAUUAUUCAGAUGGGAUAAACUUUGGCUACGGGAGAACAGUGAAAUGCCAGUGUAACGCUUCAGCUCACUCUCCACUGAGUUUGAGUCACUGUUACUAUAAAAACUUGCCUUUGUAAAAAUAUUGACCGUAAAGGACAUGGAGCGGCUCGACUGAAACUAUUGCCUCCGCCUUGUUGUCGCAGAAACUCUGCUGAUGUGACUUCAAUCGCAGUGAAGCCAGCUGCUUCCCAUUUAAUGUUUCAAGUGCACUGCAGUAAAAUAAUAUCCAAAUGUAAA